UGCUGAAUAAAAACUUCAAACGGUUUCAGGAAGCAUCACUAUGGGUAGACGUGGCUCCAACGACAGACGAAGUGGAAGUUGAGAGGAGGUACACCCCUGAGUUGGAGACUGAACUACAGUCAGCAAAGGAUGACGCACUCCUCCUAUACACGGAGUUCACCGCGCGAUCAGGGUUGGAACUGAAGAUGUUCCUGAAGGAGAUGACCGGCUUCGCGGACAAGUCGCUUCGCACGAUGGACGCCGGGAUUCUGGCUAAUGCUAAAGACACACUGUCCAAAGUUUUUGCUAAUGGAUCAACGUUUAGGCUGGCCUAA